AUGGGCUGCGUCACCUCCAAGCAGGCCGUCUCCGUCACCCCGGCGCUCGAUCAUUCCGGCCGGAUCUGGGUCGGCGACAAGCCCCACAAACCUGCGAAUCUCAAAGACAGCAAUGCUGAUGUGGUAGCAGCUUGCGACUUGGGCGACUCCGGUCGUGCCAGCUCCAACGCGGACUCCCUCAGUUUUCGAUUGAGGAAUUUGCACAGCUACGUCCAAGGGGAGCAGGUCGCCGCCGGCUGGCCCGCCUGGCUCAGCGCCGUCGCCGGAGAAGCCAUUCACGGCUGGGUCCCUCUCAAGGCCGAUUCCUUCCAAAAAUUGGACAAGAUAGGCCAAGGUACAUAUAGCAGCGUGUUCCGAGCAAAGGAGCUUGAGACUGGGAGGAUUGUUGCUUUGAAGAAGGUCCGGUUUGACAAUUUCGAGCCCGAGAGUGUGAGGUUUAUGGCAAGGGAGAUUAUGAUCCUUCGCCGGCUUGAUCAUCCCAAUGUCAUGAAAUUGGAUGGAUUGAUUACUUCCCAUUUGUCCUGCAGCAUAUACCUAGUGUUUGAGUAUAUGGAGCAUGACAUUACUGGGCUGCUUUCUUGCCCGGAUGUCAGGUUUACCGAGUCACAGAUCAAGUGCUACAUGAAACAGUUAUUGUCAGGAAUUGAGCAUUGCCAUUCCAAAGGUGUUAUGCAUAGGGAUAUUAAAGGUUCCAACCUUCUUGUAAACAACCAAGGGGUUCUGAAAGUUGCAGACUUUGGGCUGGCAAACUUCUGUACUUCUGGGAAUCGGCAACCUCUGACCAGUCGAGUCGUGACUUUGUGGUAUCGCCCUCCUGAACUCUUGCUUGGUUCAACAAAUUAUGGAUCAGCUGUGGAUCUUUGGAGUGUUGGCUGUGUAUUUGCUGAACUUCUCCUUGGCAAACCCAUUUUGCAAGGACGAACCGAGGUUGAACAGUUGCACAAAAUUUUCAAGCUGUGUGGGUCCCCACCUGAUGAGUAUUGGAAAAAGUCCAAGCUACCUCAUUCCACCUUGUUCAAACCGCAGCAACAUUAUGAAAGCUGCCUUCUCGAGACCUUUAAAGAUUUACACCCUAGUGCAGUGAGUCUCAUCGAUACUCUACUGUCUGUGGAGCCAUACAAGCGUGGAACUGCCUCGUCUGCUCUUUCAUCCGAGUAUUUCACCACCAAGCCUCAUGCUUGCGAACCAGCUAGCCUGCCCAAAUACCCUCCUAACAAAGAAAUUGAUGCAAAGAACCGAGAGGAAGCUAGGAGGAAAAAGAUGAGUGGGAGAAAUCGUGGUUGUGAAAUGAGAAAGCCAGCAGCACGCAAACCUUGUCCAGUCAACAUACUGGGACCAACAGAGGACCAUCUGACAGCUCGAGCACACCAAUGUGGUCAAACCAUCAUCACCAGCAAUGCCUGCUCUCUUCCAAAUGGAAGACGAGAUACCACCAGGUCAAACAUGGAUGCAAGAAAACCUUCACUUGAGAAAUUGGAUGAGGUUUUCCAUGUCAAGAAUGCAUCCCAGGGAGAUAUUCCCUUCUCUGGGCCUUUACAAGUUUCCACUUCUAGUGGCUUUGCCUGGGCAAGAAGGCGAAAGGAUGAUGCCUCCCAACAUAGGUCCAUUAAAAAAUGCUGUAUCAGCAACGGAUUAGAUCCUUCAGCUGCUCCUAUUGGUGACAUGAAUAAUAACUUUGACUCAAAGCGACAUGAUUGUGGAGACCUUGAUAGCGGGGCGAGUAGCAGUUCUAGAGGGCGUGACUCGUACGAUAUGUCCAAGCGUUCGUUGCAGAAACAGUGGAGGGAAUUCGAACGCCCAGACUCCUUUGAUGCUUCUGAGGAUUACCAUUCUCAGGAACUGUCAUUGGGGCUUUAUCAAAGAGAGGGACUGGAUGCCAGGAGAACUAAUUUGGGGUCGAAGCAUCAGGGAGACAAGGUUGAGUUUUCUGGACCGCUGUUAUCUCAGCCGUCUCAGAGAGUGGAUGAACUAUUGCAAAGGCACGAGCGCCACAUCCGGCAGGUGAUCCGCAAGUCAUUGUUUCAAAGAGGCAAGAAGCAUGGGAGGUGA